AUGAAUCUCUUGAGUGCAAUAUUUUUCCUCUCUCUCUCCUCCCUGGUAUCAAGUCAAUACCAACCUACUUGGGAGUCCUUGGAUGCACGACCCCUCCCCCCAUGGUAUGAUGAGGCCAAGUUUGGUAUUUUUAUGCACUGGGGUGUGUAUUCGGUGCCAAGCUUUGGUUCUGAAUGGUUCUGGUACAAUUGGAAAGGGCGACAAAGACCCGAGUAUGUGGAGUUUAUGAAGAAGAACUAUCCGCCAACCUUUGAAUAUACAGAUUUUGCACCAAUGUUUAAAGCAGAAUUCUUUGAUCCUGUGGCAUGGGCAAAACUUUUAACACAAUCUGGAGCCAGGUAUGUUCAUGCCAUGUCUCAACAAACUUUACUUGGAGUUACAGUUUUCAUAAUAGGCUGUUACUGUAUCAGUCAUGGUUUCUCCCAUAAUAAUGCAUUAACAAUUUGUUUAAGGCUACCGUAAAUCCUCUAUUAAGCCCCCCUAGCCUUUACAGGAAUAAUAAGCCUAUUAACAAAGAUAAUAAGCCCCCCUCCCCUCCCCCUUUUGUCACAAUAAAAUGAUAAUACAGUGAAACCUGUAUUAAGCGGACACCCUUGGGGAAUGCUGUAGUGUCCGCCUAAUACGGGUUUCGAUAGAUAACGUCGUAUGAGGUGUCAAAUACCAUUUAAAUGAACAGUGGAAAGGUUAAGAAUACUCCCAGAGAUUUUGACGAUAUACGUUUGCAUUAAUUUCGUUAUCAAAGUGGACCAGUUGAUCAUAAUACCAUAACCAUAGAUCGCAACUCAAAUUUGAAGAAAGCAGAUGAGUGAAACAAGCUCUAUACAAACAAAACGAAAAAGAAGACAAUACUGUACUGUGAAAUUAAUCAAAUAUGUUGGUCAAGUCACGUUUUUUAAUGUAAAAAUAGAAAAAUUAAUUUUGUGGCUGGUAAUUCGAGGUAAUCUUCGCAUUUCCUUUGUCUGGUAUGUUGGGUGGUGGCAUUUGAUUACAAGUGUCCGUUUAAUACAAGUUGGUAACAAUAGAAAUGACCAUUUCAGGUACUUUUUAGGUGUCUGCGUCCGCUUAUCAGAGGUGUCCGCUUAAUAAAGGUUUAAUUUAAAGCAAAUAAGGGAAAUAAAUUUUGGGACUUCGGCUACUACUGUCCGCUUAAUAGAGGAUGUCCGCUUAAUAAGGUGUCCGCUUAAUACAUGUUUCACUGUAAAAUAAUGAUAGACUUUAUUAAGUAAUGACGACUGUAACACUAUAAUGGACUGAUCCAGUAUGGUUUAUUCAUUUGCUUAAAGUUUGGAUUUGUUUUUGAUCCUGGGCUGCAUGACCUCCAGCUUCAAGUACUUGAGCUUUUCCUAUUUGCAUUCUUGUUCUGUAUGGAGAAUGGAUACCAUUAUCUUGGCCGAACUAAAUAAGCCCCUCCCCUCUCGUAACAAGCACUUAUUUGGGGAAUCUUUAAUUUAUAUGUUACAGUCGACUCUCGCUAAGAUGGACACCUUAUGGACUAAUGUUACAGUUGUAGGUGUCUGUCUGAAGGCGCUUUCCAUUUGUUGGAACUGGCCGACCAGACCAUUGCCGGACCCAUCAUUUUGACAAUGAAAUCGGCUUUUCUUCAAGGGUUUUUGCUGAAAAACCAUCUUCUUUCUGCCCACUCUAUUUAGGAUUUGACUGAUCUGGCUGGAUAGUUUUGAUUAAUAGUGUAAUUCUCAUUAUGAUGGGAAGGGUCUGGCUGGUCAGUUCUGACAAAAUAAUGGAAAGUAUCCUAAGAGAGUUUUCCAUCAUAUUGGGUGUCAACUAAAAGAAGUUAGUAAUGAAUGGCAGGGACCAACUCUAGAUGUCCAUUUUAGUGAGGUGUCCAUCUUAUAGGGAUGUCUGUUAAGAGAGAGUUUGCUGUAUAACAAAAGAGGUUAGGUUAGGGCCAGGCAUUAAGGUGCUUAUGGUGUAAGUACUGUAAUGCUCGGUUUUAAUCCUAGGUAUGUAGUUCUCACCAGUAAACACCAUGAAGGUUGGACUAACUGGAGAUCUAAUGUUUCAUGGAACUGGAAUUCUGUUGACAAUGGACCUCACAGAGAUCUUGUGGGUAAGGAUCAUAUAAUAUUGCAUGAACCCUUCUGAACAGGGAUUAGGUUACUAAUCAAACAGGGCUAAAGAUCCCCAUGCAGGAAGGUUUUACUGCUAUGACUCUUCUGGCCUGCUCACUUACUCAAUCAGGGGCAGAUCUAGGGGGAGGGUACAGGGGGUGCGCACCCCCCCCCCCCGAGAUGACCUGCGGUUUUCUAAUACAACUGGUAUUCUGCAAAAAAAAAACUAUGUAGUUUAUUGGUGUUGAAGUACAGAAAGAGAUGAGUGCACCCCCUCCUAAAAAAAAUCCUGGAUCCGCCUCUGUCAAUCCUUUUGCAUCCAUUUUCUUAUUCAGUGAAAAUUGAUUUGAUUGUAUUGUUAAUGAUUGAUUCUUCGAGCUAAAGGAUGAAAAAGUAAUUAUGGUAAUAAUGAUAAUGAUAAAUUUACUGACUAAUCAAAAGAAGAGAUGGAUUGUAGAUGACAUGUUUGAUUAUUUCUUGUAAGAAUUAGACUUGUCCUGUUUGAUUUAUCUGCCCAUUAGAAAAGCUGUCAGCUCAAAAUUGUUUUCUAUUAUCUCUAAUUUUUUCCCCGUCAACUAGCGGCUGCUGAUUUUGCAACCUGGGUGCAGAACCUUCUUUUGUCGUCUUGUUUAUUGAAUCGCAUGAACCCUUUGAAGAGGCCGCAGGCUGAACUUCAACAAGUCAAUCUUGUUUUCUCUUGUCAAACUGGUUUUUCGAGCAGGGGCAUUCGUUUGGUCAUACCUGAGCCUGCUAUAUCAAGUGCACGGCUAGUAGGCCUGGGUUUGAAAUUGUAUCCUAGUAACAUGUAGUGCAUGCUCAACAAAGAUCUGACUUGCUUGAUUCCUGCAGUCUUUCUUGAAUAUGCCAAAAUCAAGCAAGUGAGAGAAAAGGCUUUGCUGGCAGGGUGCUGAUUUUGGUACCUACUUGUGUUUUUUUAGGUGAUCUUGCUGAUGCCAUAAGAAGUCAUACAAAUAUUACAUUUGGGCUGUAUCAUUCGCUGUUUGAGUGGUUCAAUCCAUUGUAUUUGAAGGAUUCAGCUAAAAACUUUUCAACACAAGAUUAUGUCAAGGUACAUGCAGUCAUUGAAUACAGAUAAUUUCGAUUUAAAGCUGUUGCUCGAAAAAACCUUUUUUUAAGAAAGGUCAUGUUUCCCAUCCCACAUUAACUAGUUUAAUCCAUUGGCUCCUGAUAAUGUUGUUGAAAAUGUGUUUUGAAGCUAAAAAGUUGAGCGGUUUUCUAGUCACUAUCUGGCUAUAAAGAGCUAAAACUUAUCACAAAGCUAUUACUCUUGUAUACUUCAUGGCCUUCUGAUCCCAAUGCAAAAUAUUAGCUUGUGAUGUUUGGGCAUGUGCAGAAAGCAAACUUUCAAGAUAGUUUUUGGGUUAAAAGUACCACUCAUACCACAUACAGCAGUCUUGACUUUUUCUUUUCACUUUCUCUCCUCCCCUCUUCUUUCACUUUUCUUGCGUCAUUUUAUUUCUUUUUUGGGGGUUGUGUAUAAAAGUGAGACGGGACAAAGGGAUGGGGGCAUUGGGAUGCAUGUGUGGGGACUUGGGAAUUGGGGACGCGAGACGAGGGACUUGAGGACAUCAAGAAUGGGAUGCAAUGACGUGUGGGACGGGGAUGUGGGGAAGUAAAAUACAAGGACACAGGAUGUGAAUAAUUAUUGCAAAAGUUGAAGGUAAAUGCGAUAUCAGUCACUUUCCCCGUGAAUAUAGUAUUCCACCUUAAUUCUUCAACCAUUACUCUAUCAGUUAACUGUUCCACUUCACUGUUCCACCAUUACUUUUCCACUUUACUGUUCCACCUUGACUAUCCCACCAUUACUGUUCCACUUCACUGUUCCACCUUGACUGUUCCACCGUUACUGUUCCACUUCACUGUUCCACCUUGACUGUUCCACCGUUACUGUUCCACAUCACUGUUCCACCUUGACUGUUCCACCGUUACUGUUCCACUUCACAGUUCCACCUUGACUGUUCCACCGUUACUGUUCCACUUCACUGUUCCACCUUGACUGUUCCACCAUUACUGUUCUCCUUUACUGUUCAACCUUGACUGUUCCAUUGUUACUGUUCCACUUCACUCUUCCACCGUGAGUGUUCCACCAUUACUGUUCCACUUCACUGUCCCACCAUUACUGUUCCACUUUACUGUUCAACCUUGACUGUUCCACCAUUACUGUUCUACUUUACUGUUCCACCUUGACUGUUCCACCAUUACUGUUCCACUUCACUGUUCCACCAUUACUGUUCCACCAUUACUGUUCCACUUUACUGUUCCACUUCACUGUUCCACCAUUACUGUUCCACCAUUACUGUUCCACUUCACUGUUCCACCAUUACUGUUCCACCAUUACUGUUCCACUUUACACUUCCACCUUGACUGUUCCACCAUUACUGUUCCACUUCACUGUUCCGCCUUGUCUGUUCCACCAUUACUGUUCCACUUCAAUGUUCCACCCUGUCUGUUCCACUGUUACUGUUCCACUUGACUUUUCCACCAUUACUGUUCCACUUUACUGUUCCACCCUGUCUAUUCCACUGUUACUGUUCUACUUCACUGUUCCACCUUGACUGUGCCACCAUUACUGUUCCACUUUACUGUUCCACCUUGACUGUUCCACCAUUAAUGUUCCAGUUUACUGUUCCACCCUGUCUGUUCCACUGUUACUGUUUUACAGCAGUUUUCCACCAUUACUGUUCCACCAUUACUGUUCCACUUUACUGUUCCACCAUUUCUGUUCCACUUUACUGUUCUACCUUGACUGUUCCACCAUUACUGUUCCACUUCACUGUUCCACCUUGACUGUUCCACCAUUACUGUUCCACUUUACUGUUCCACCUUGACUGUUCCACCAUUACUUUUCCACUUCACUGUUCCACCUUGACUGUUCCACCAUUACUGUUCCACUUCACUGUUCCACCUUGACUGUUCCACCAUUACUGUUCCACUUCACUGUUCCACCUUGACUGUUCCACCAUUACUGUUCCACUUCACUGUUCCACCUUAACUGUUCCACCAUUACUGUUCCACUUCACUGUUCUACCUUGACUGUUCCAGCAUUACUGUUCCACUUUACUGUUCCACCUUGACUGUUCCACCAUUACUUUUCCACUUCACUUUUCCACCUUGACUGUUCCACUUUACUGUUCCACUUCACUGUUCCACCAUUACUGUUCCACUUCACUGUUCCACCAUUAAUGUUCCACCAUUACUGUUCCACUUCACUGUUCCACCAUUAAUGUUCCACCAUUACUGUUCCACUUCACUGUUCCACCAUUACUAUUCCACCAUUGCUGUUCCACUUUACAAUUCCACCUUCACUGUUCCACCUUGAUUGUUCCACCAUUACUGUUCCACUUCACUGUUCCACCUUGACUGUUCCACCCUCACUGUUCCACUUCACUGUUCCACCGUUACUGUUCCAGUUCACUGUUCUACCUUGACUGUUCCAGCAUUACUGUUCCACUUUACUGUUCCACCUUGACUGUUCCACCAUUACUUUUCCACUUCACUUUUCCACCUUGACUGUUCCACUUUACUGUUCCAUGUCACUGUUCUACCAUUACUGUUCCACUUCACUGUUCCACCUUUACUGUUCCACCAUUACUGUUCCACUUUACUGUUCCACCUUGACUGUUCCACCUUGACUGUUCCACCAUUACUGUUCCACUUUACUGUUCCACCUUGACUGUUCCACCAUUACUUUUCCACUUCACUGUUCCACCUUGACUGUUCCACCAUUACUGUUCCACUUCACUGUUUCACCUUGACUGUUCCACCGUUACUGUUCCACUUCACUGUUCCACCUUGACUGUUCCACCGUUACUGUUCCACUUCACUGUUCCACCUUGACUGUUCCACCAUUACUGUUCCACUUCACUGUUCCACCUUGACUGUUCCACCAUUACUGUUCCACUUUACUAUUCCACCUUGGCUAUUCCACCGUUACUCUUCCACUUCACUGUUCCACCGUAAGUGUUCCACCAUUACUGUUCCACUUACUGUUCCACUGUUACUGUUCCACUUACUGUUCCACCUUGAUUAUUCCACCAUUGCUGUUCUCUCAUUACUGUUCCACCAUUACUGUUCCACUUCACUGUUCCACCUUGACUGUUCCACCAUUACUGUUCCACUUUACUGUUCCACCUUGACUGUUCCACCGUUACUGUUCCACUUCACUGUUCCACCUUGACUGUUCCACCGUUACUGUUCCACUUACUGUUCCACCUUGAUUAUUCCACCAUUACUGUUCCCUCAUUACUGUUCCACUUUACUGUUCCACCUUGACUUUUCCACCGUUACUGUUCCACUGUUACUGUUCCACUUCACUGUUCCACCCUGUCUGUUCCACCAUUACUGUUCCACUUCACUGUUCCACCCUGUCUGUUCCACAGUUACUGUUCUACUUCACUGUUCCACUUCACUGUUCCACCUUGACUGUUCCACCAUUACUGUUCCACUUUACUGUUCCACCCUGUCUAUUCCACUGUUACUGUUCCACUUAACUUUUCCACCUUGACUGUUCCACCAUUACUGUUCCACUUUACUGUUCCACCUUGACUGUUCCACCAUUAAUGUUCCACUUUACUGUUCCACCCUGUCUGUUCCACUGUUACUGUUCUACUUCACUGUUCCACUUUUACCAUUACUGUUCCACCUUGACUUUUCCACCAUUACUGUUCCACUUCACUGUUCCGCCUUGUCUGUUCCACCAUUACUGUUCCACUUCACUGUUCCACCAUUACUGUUCCACCUUGACUGUUCCACCCUCACUGUUCCACUUCACUGUUCCACCUUAACUGUUCCACCGUUACUGUUCCACUUCACUGUUCUACCUUGACUGUUCCAGCAUUACUGUUCCACUUUACUGUUCCACCUUGACUGUUUCACCGUUACUGUUCCACUUCACUUUUCCACCUUGACUGUUCCACACCAUUACUGUUCCACCGUUGCUGUUCCACUUUACAAUUCCAUCUUGACUGUUCCACCUUGAUUGUUCCACCAUUACUGUUCCACUUCACUGUUCCACCUUGACUGUUCCACCAUUACUGUUCUACUUCACUGUUCCACCAUUACUGUUCCACUUCACUGUUCAACCUUGACUGUUCCACCAUUACUGUUCCACUUUACUGUUCCACCUUGUCUGUUCCACCAUUACUGUUCCACUGUUACUGUUCCACCUUGACUGUUCCACCAUUACUGUUCCACUUUACUGUUCCACCCUCUCUGUUCCACUGUUACUGUUCCACUUGAUUUUUCCACGUUGAAUUUUCCACCAUUACUGUUCCACUUUACUGUUCCACCUUGAAUGUUCCACCAUUACUGUUCCACUUUACUGUUCCACCUUGACUGUUCCACCGUUACUGUUCCACCUUACUGUUCCAGCAUGACUGUUGCACCAUUACUGUUCCACUUUACUGUUCCGCCUUGUCUGUUCCACCAUUACUGUUCCACUUGACUUUUCCACCCUGUCUUUUCCACUGUUACUGUUCCACCUUGACUGUUCCACCAUUACUGUUCCACUUUACUGUUCCACCCUGUCUGUUCCACUGUUACUGUUCUACUUCACUGUUCCACCUUGACCGUGCCACCAUUACUGUUCCACUUUACUGUUCCACCUUGACUGUGCCACCAUUACUGUUCUACUUUACUGUUCCACCUUGAAUGUUCCACCAUUACUGUUCCACCUUACUGUUCCACCAUGACUGUUCCACCAUUACUGUUCCACUUUUCUGUUCCGCCUUGUCUGUUCCACCAUUACUGUUCCACUUGACUUUUCCACCCUGUCUUUUCCACUGUUACUGUUCCACCUUGACUGUUCCACCAUUAAUGUUCCACUUUACUGUUCCACCCUGUCUGUUCCACUGUUACUGUUCUACUUCACUGUUCCACCUUGACUGUCUGUCAUUACUUUUCCACUUUACUGUUCCACCAUUACUGUUCCACUUCAUUGUUCCACCUUGACUGUUCCACCAUCACUCUUCCACUUUACUGUUCCACCUUGACUGUUCCACUGUUACUGUUCCACUUCACUCUUCCACCGUGAGUGUUCCACCAUUACUGUUCCACUUCACUGUUCCACCUUGAUAGUCUACCAUUACUUUUCCACUUCACUGUUCCACCUUGACUAUUCCACCGUUACUGUUCCACUUUACUGUUCCACCGUGCCUGUUCCACUGUUACUGUUCUACUUCACUGUUCCACCUUGACUGUGCCACGAUUACUGUUCCACUUUUCUGUUCCACCAUGAGUGUUCCACCAUUACUUUUCCACUUCACUGUUCUACCUUGACUGUUCCACCGUUACUGUUCCACUUCACUGUUCCACCUUGACUGUUCCACCAUUACUGUUCCACUUCACUGUUCCACCUUGACUGUUCCACCAUUACUGUUCCACUUCACUGUUCCACCUUGACUGUUCCACCGUUACUGUUCCACUUUACUGUUCCACCUUGACUGUUCCACCAUUACUGUUCCACUUCACUGUUCCACCUUGACUGUUCCACCGUUACUGUUCCACUUCACUGUUCUACCUUGACUGUUCCACCUUGACUGUUCCACCGUUACUGUUCCACUUCACUUUUCCACGUUGACUGUUCCACCAUAACUGUUCCACUUUACUGUUCCACCUUGACUGUUCCACCGUUACUAUUCCACUUCACUUUUCCACGUUGACUGUUCCACCAUUACUGUUCCACUUUACUGUUCCAGCUUGACUGUUCCACCAUUACUGUUCCACUUCACUGUUCCACCUUGACUGUUCCACUUCACUGUUCCACCUUGACCGUUCCACCGUUACUCUUCCACUUCACUGUUCCACCGUGAGUGUCCCACCAUUACUGUUCCACUUCAUUGUUCCGCCUUGACUGUCUACCAUUACUUUUUCACUUUCCUGUUCGUCCUUGACUAUUCCACCGUUACUCUUCUACUUCACUGUUCCACCUUGACUGUCUACCAUUACUUUUCCACUUUACUGUUCCACCUUGACUAUUCCACCGUUACUCUUCCACUUCACUGUUCCACCGUGAGUGUUCCACCAUUACUGUUCCACUUCACUGUUCCACCUUGACUGUUCCACCAUUACUUUUCCACUUUACUGUUCCACCUUGACUGUUCCACCGUUACUGUUCCACUUCACUGUUCCACCUUGACUGUUCCACCGUUACUGUUCCACUUCACUUUUCCACGUUGACUGUUCCACCAUUACUGUUCCACUUUACUGUUCCACCUUGACUGUUCCACCAUUACUGUUCCACUUUACUGUUCCACCUUGACUGUUCCACCGUUACUGUUCCACUUUACUGUUCCACCUUGACUGUUCCACCGUUACUGUUCCACUUUACUUUUCCAUGUUGACUGUUCCACCAUUACUGUUCCACUUUACUGUUCCACCUUGACUGUUCCACCAUUACUGUUCCACUUCACUGUUCCACCUUGACUGUUCCACCAUUACUUUUCCACUUUACUGUUUCACCUUGACUGUUCCACCAUUACUGUUCCACUUCACUGUUCCACCAUUACUGUUCCACUUUACUGUUCCACCUUGACUGUUCCACCAUUACUGUUCCACUUUACUGUUCCACCUUGACUGUUCCACCAUUACUGUUCUACUUCACUGUUCCACCUUGACUGUUCCAUCAUUACUGUUCCACUUUACUGUUCGACCUUGGCUGUUCCACCUUUACUGUUCCAGUUUACUGUUCCACCUUGACUGUUCCACCAUUACUGUUCUACUUCACUGUUCCACCUUUACUGUUCCACUUUACUGUUCCACCUUGACUGUUCCGUCAUUACUGUUCCACUUUACUGUUCCACCUGGACUGUUCCACCGUUACUGUUCCACUUCACUGUUGCACCCCGAGUGUUCCACCGUGACUCUUCCAUUUCCUUGUUCCAACUUGACUGUUCCACCUUGACUGUUGCACUUCACUGUUCCACCUUGACUGUUCCACCGUUACUGUUCCACUUCACUUUUCCACGUUGAAUGUUCCACCAUUACUGUUCCACUUUACUGUUCCACAUUGACAGCCCCGUUAAUUUAUUCAAGUAAAAAUUCUCUGGACUGAUCUUCAUACAUUUCCUUACAGAGUUAGUUGAAAGAAUUAAUUUGAUAAAAGAUUAAGGCAUUUUUCCUUUAGCGAUCAUUUUCUUAAUUUCCAUGACCUAUUCUGUUGAUUUUCUGUUGAUACACAAUGAAUUGUUGAGAGAAACUUGAAUUUGGUUUCUCUUUUAACUGUCUCAGCCUCGCAGAGAAUAAGAAUAUAUUUUUUAACAUUUUUAAGUCACUUCAAGACUGUGCACUAAAAAAAAUUGAAGGGAGCCCUGUACUUUGACCCUGUGAAAUCCAGGGUGCCCAGCAUAUGAUUUGUAUGAGAAAAUUUAGAUUUUCUAAUAGUUGCCCAGGAGCAAAAGUUAAGCAUCACAUGGGUCACAAGGUGCUGCUAGAGCACAGCCUUACUGUUGUCACUUUGUUUAUUCUUACUUGACAGCAAGUUUGUCUGCCAGAGCUGUAUGAUCUGAUCAGCACUUACAAACCUGAGUACCUGUGGUCUGAUGGUUCUCAUGGACCUGACACAUACUGGAUGAGUAGAGAAUUCCUGGCAUGGCUAUACAAUGAUAGGUGAGGGCAGCUACCCAUAGUUCAGCGCAGCAACCACAGUCUAGUGUUGCAUAUGAAACUUGCAUGUCUAGCUGAGAGUAGCCAGUCAUUACUUCGCAUUCUGGAGGGUCUGGAGGAAAAGUUUGAAAGUGUUUGUCAUAGUGUUUGUCAUAGUUGAUUUCUGAAACUUCUUAUGGUGAAAAUUGCAGCCCUGUUAAGGACACCAUUGUAACAAAUGACCGAUGGUGUAGCAAUGGAUGUGCUUGUCAUCAUGGGGGUGUAUACACAUGUCAUGAUCGCUAUAACCCAGGUAAACACUCACAAUUGUUGGUUUCUUGAAGUAAAUGCAUUUUUAACAAUUAUGUAACUUAGUUACUUGUUCAGUAGUCAAGUACAUGUACAGUCAGAUCCCAUUAAAAUGGACACUAAGGGGGGCCAUAGAAAGUCAGUGCCCUUAUUAACAGGCUGUCCACAUUAAGCAGGUUGAAUUAAAAGAAAAUGUGAGGGCUUUCUUUCAACUUGGACAAAGCAAACUGUCCAUAAUAAUGAGGUGUCCGUAUUAAGCGCAUGUCCAUAGAGCGGUGUCUGAGUGUUAAACUAUAAUUUUUUUAUACUAUGUUUUUGUUAGUGUUGUUAGUUUUUGUUAGUGUUGCACAUCAAUUUGUUCUCUUUUAUUUGAGCUUGCCUAAUUAUCCUGUCAAGAUCUUCCAUGGAACAUUAUAUUAGAGUCUCCAUGACAACCCUGCAGCUAAACACUGAACCAAUUUCCUUUAAAAGGUAAACUUCAGAAUCACAAAUGGGAGAACGCUCUGACAGUGGAUAAAGGUUCCUGGGGUUACAGACGCAAUGUCGACAUUAACUCCUACUUAGACAUCAAUCAACUCUUGUACCAACUGGCUUCUACUGUCAGGUGAGGUUUUGAUAAUUAGGCCAUAACACGUUUGAACACGUUUUUUAAAGAGAUGUUCCCACAGCUCCAUGAAAAUGAUCCAUACUACGUGCCGUGUUUACCUCACUGUAAUAAUUAAUUGCUAUUGUAAAUAAACCUAUUUGCUCAAGAAGAUUUUGCCAAAAAAGCCAGUUUAAGAAACGUGUCUGGUCACCAGUUAGCUGGAAAAAAAAUAAUGAAAACGUAGUUUGCGAAUCAAACAGUUCAACCAAAAAUGAGAGCGACUGGGAAUUGUCAUCCUUCCUUGCUCCAUGUGCUUGGUACUGCAUUUUAUGAUGGCCACAGGGAUACCUUUUGCGUGUACAGUUAACACAGGGGUACCUUUUGCUGCGUGUACAACGGACACUGUAAAAUGGACACUUAGAGUUGGUCCCUGCCUUUAUUUGACUCUCCAAAAGACAGACAUCUCUGAAACAGGAACACUUAGUGUUGUUCCCAAAGAGUUGACUGUAUCGUCAACUCUUCCCCUUUGUUUUUCCAUUGACUAGUAAAACAUAGCGAGUGCGUGGUUUUUCGGUAUGGGGGCCAGUGGCUGGGAGGUGUCAAUUAACCAUUCGUGGAGACAUAGCUUUAUCUAGGGUUUGGCUGCGUCAAAAGUAGAAGCAGCCAUACAUGUCAGACAUUCCCAGGCACCCACCUGCACUAGGAGAUGCACGGCAGUUGGUAUAUGUAACUUCAAGGGACUGGGUCACGGCUCUCCAGCCCAUUUUCAUUGCUAAGUAUAAGUCCUGUCAGUAUACUAUGGAACUGAAUGCUCGCAAAGACAUUACUUGUAAAUGGUGAAAUCACAUCUUGUACAACAAAAUAAUAUGCCAUCUAUAUCAACCGUUACAAACAGCGAAAAUGUGCUUUGAAAAGCUGUUGGGUGAACAAGUUUUCAAAACUCACAAUCCAAUCCGCCUUUUCAAUCUUCUCCAACCUUCUUUUGUAUUAGCCUUGUUAUCUAUACUUUUUCCUAAAGAUGUGAGAGAAUUUUUGUGUUUCACUCAAUUUAGUGGCGGUUAAUUCUGUUUGCAUUUAAUAAAUAUCGUGGGACGGCUCCUUUAAGUUAUUUGCUUUCCCAAUUUUUUCUUUUAUUUUCCCUUAGCUGUGGUGGAAACAUGUUAUUGAAUGUUGGCCCAACAGCAGAUGGUCGUAUCAUACCAGCGUUUGAGGAGCGACUUCUGCAGAUGGGAGAAUGGCUUUCUGUAAAUGGUGAGGCUAUUUACAGCAGCAAACCUUGGAGAGCUCAGAAUGACACCAUAAACAAAAAUGUCUGGUAGGUUACUGAACUAAGCAUUUGGUUUACUGCUCUGAAACUUACUGUGAAACUCACAAAACCGUGAACACAAGAAAUAUUUAGAUGGAUUGUUAUUGUGUUACAAGGAGAAAGCCAAUAAGUCGUUAGGAAACUGAACAGCAAACAGCAACAUCAUCAAUUAGUUUGUGGUUUUCAGUGUGGUUUCCUGGCAUGUCCCGAAAUUUAUUGUGAUUGGUCACUACACAAUCAACAUUCUUGGAAUUUUUCAGGUGUUCACGGUUCCCGGCCACAGUGUUCUGAGUUUGACAGAAAGAAAGAGGGUGAUGUAGUCAAUAUUUUGUACUCACAUGUAUUGACUGAGUGGGAAGGACAGACAGAAAUAUAUUUGCAGUGAGGUCAUGUCGCCAAGACCUCCCGCCAAAUAUUUCCCAUUCGGCCUGAGCUUACUCAAUAAAAAGAAGUAUUUGUUAUUUUUUGUAAAUUCUAUUCAACUGAAAUAUAUUUAGUUGUGUUUGAAUCUGAAAUUUAGCGUUUUAAGGUUGAAAUACUUGUUAGCUGAUAUACUUUUAUUUUCGGUGCUAUUAAACUGCUCCAUUCAGAAAAGAAUUGCAAAAAAGAUAGAGAAAAACUUGUUUUAAUAGGGGGACCAUAUUCUAGAGGGAGGUUUCUUAUCUGAUUGUGGACUUGAAUCACAGAUACAAGUGCGUUAAGAGGGGUGGGGAGGGGGAACAAAAUCAGCCAUAACACCACUCCCAAAAGUAUCUGUCAAAGGGAAAGUUGACUUCUCUCUUAGUGUGCGUAGCAAGCGUUUCUGCGUGUAUUUCUUUUGCUCUCGCUUUAACUUCGACACAAUAACUCGAUUGGAAACGCGUGAUACGCAAGCUACUUCUCUCUCAGCCAGUUCGGUUCAUCUAAUCUCUCUGUCUCUCCAGGUAUACUUCCAAAGCUGGUGUUGUGUACGCCAUUCUUCUCGAGUGGCCCGAAACAGAAGAGCUUACUCUAGGAUCUCCAAAGGCCACUGACAACACUCAAGUCACCAUGUUAGGUUAUGAAGGAAAGUUUGUUUGGAAGCCGGAUACCAGCAAAGGUGGUAUGAUAAUUACCUUGCCUGGUAUCCCUGUGAACAAGUUGCCAUCAAAGUGGGCUUGGGUUUUUAAGCUCGAGAAGGUUUUGUGAAUAAUGAAUCGACUGCUCAAUAAUUUUUUAGCAAAGCCACGGGGUAGAAUAGGGUUUUUCUUCAACUCUGAUAACUUAGCUGCGAAGCAUUCCAUAUAGAGAAAGAAGUGGUUCAUCGUGGCUUGAAUGUGAUGACUUAUUUUUCUAGCUUUUCUCACGAUCUUGAGAAUAGUUAUAGUUUGUCCCCUUGUGGUUGUUACGUUUCUGGUUUUCAUCAGACUGUGGAGUUGAUUGGCAAUGAGAGCAAUUCCAAUUGACCGCACAACCCGCAACAACAACUACCCUCGUGAUAGCUCAAAUCAUGGUUUUCCUUUUUUAUUAUCGUCUUGCAUGGAGUUCUAAAUUGCUUGCGACGACUGAACCACUGAGCCGUUAUAUGGGUACCUGCAGAUGUCGAUUUCCUCGCGCGUUUUCCAUCAAGUCGUCGGUUUUUCAGGCG